AUGAGCCUGUCCCCUCAACAGUGGUGGCGUCGAUGGUGCUCCACUUCGUCCCCCGAGCUAGCCGAGGUGCACGUCGAUUUGUAUCUCACCCCCCAACCCUUUCACGACGACUCUCCUGUCGUCGGGGGAGGUGGUCUGGGUCGUGUUCGUCCUCCACAUCGUCACGCACAAUGUCGCGGGCGGGUACGCUUGGAAAAGCAGCUUGGGUGUGUGACGGUGGUGUGGAGCCUCCUGCUUCCCGUCGACCACGUCGUGACGAUCGAUCGACAUUGCACCAUGAGGAAGCGCACCUGCGUCGUGUGUUUGGUCAUCGAGCGCGUUCGAGGCAACGCCCCGAUGCUCCCUCGGCCGUCCACAGUGCUGCAUUCAACUGCAUUGUACAUAUCAGUUUGA